UUUUGUUGUUAGUAUUCAUAUAAUCUAAGAAAUAUUGCAUUUAAGCAAUUUACAGCUAUAUUUAUCACAUAUUAUUCUGUGAUUAAGAUUGAUAAUAAACAUUUCUAAAGAUUCUCUAUGGUCUGGUAUGGGAGGAAGUCUACGAGCGCGAGGAAGGGGUGACACCAUGAGUUACCACACUGGGUGACACCACUGCAGCAGACCGCGCUUUUUGGUUCCUCCCUGCACGGAUUUGAGAGGAACUGCAGAGUUGGAUGGGCACUUGGAGGGUGUACUAAACGCUGGGGAAAUCCAGAGAGAGGAGCAGAUGGCCAUGGCCUGGCAGAUGACACAGCUGCUGCUGCUUCUGGAUUUGGUGGCCUCUGCAUGGGGUGCCCGCCCCAGGAAUUCCCUGGAAAGAACAGAUCUGCUCAACGUCUGCAUGGAUGCCAAGCACCACAAGACAAAGCCGGGUCCUGAGGAUAAGCUGCAUGACCAGUGCAGUCCCUGGAGGAAGAACGCCUGCUGCUCAGUGAACACCAGCCAGGAGCUGCACAAGGACACCUCCCGCCUGUAUAACUUUAACUGGGACCACUGCGGCAAGAUGGAGCCUGAAUGCAAGCGCCACUUCAUCCAGGACACCUGUCUCUAUGAGUGCUCCCCCAACCUGGGGCCCUGGAUCCAAGAGGUGAACCAGAGCUGGCGCAAAGAGCGUUUCCUGGACGUGCCCCUGUGUAAAGAGGACUGUCAGAACUGGUGGGAGGCCUGUCGCACCUCCUACACGUGCAAGAACAACUGGCACAAGGGUUGGGAUUGGACCUCAGGGGUUAACACGUGUCCAGUCGGGACCACCUGCCACACAUUUGAGUUCUACUUCCCCACACCUGCUGACCUCUGUGAGCGCCUCUGGAGUCACUCCUACAAGGUCAGCAACUAUAGUCGAGGGAGCGGCCGCUGCAUCCAGAUGUGGUUUGACUCGGCCCACGGCAACCCCAACGAAGAGGUGGCAAAGUUCUAUGCUGAGGCCAUGAGUAGGGCUGGGCCCUAUGCGACUGGGCCCCUCUUGCUCAGCCUGAACCUGAUGCUGCUAUGGCUCAUUGGCUGAGCUGCUUACACUGCUGACACCUGGUCAUCUGGACAACAGAGCCCGGACUACAUCCAUGACCUCUACCCAACCUGGGUGCCUAGACUCAGCCCAGCUCAGCUCUCUCAGAUGAGGGGCCUCACAAUCAGCUCAGCCCAUGCCCUAGUCAUUCAUUUGUAACCCAAGGUGGAGCCCCUGGAGUUUCCCUGACAGCUUAUUUUAAUACCCAGAUUCACGUGUGUCUUAUAAAGGAUUUGGGGAUGAGUGGCUUGGGGAGACGUGACUCAUUGCUUCAUCAUUCCCAUUGAGAGGCCCAAAGAGGGGCUGGGGCUAGUUUGAGGAGUACAAGCAUGCAGGGAGUAGAAGUUGAAUUAGAAUCCAGGCACUUGAUCCCUUAGCCUGGGUCUCUUACCCCUGCACCUGGCUGCCCUCAUGCCAAGGUCUCUACUCUCAUACCACAAGGACUGUGGGAAGGAAGGUGGGCAGAGACUGAUGGAGGAAUCACUGGGUUCCUGGAAGGGAAAAAGGUUUCUUUCUUUCCUUCCCUUACUAGAUGUGGGGUAGGGUAGAGACAUUGAUGGUGGGAUCUGACUGAUGAACACUUGCGUUGUUUCCUUU